UAGAGGUCGAGAGAUAAUCACAUCUUAAAAACAUUUUGUAUAAACUUAGUUGAUUCCUAUAUCUCUUAAUAUAACGUGUAUUAAAAUAAAUUGUACUUAAUAUAAAAAGUGUAUGAAGUUAUACCUAUUCAUUUGGGUAAAUAAAUGAAUUACCUAAUUAUUAAAGGAUUGGACAUAUUAAUAACCGACAUAAUAUGAAAAUCUUAUACUUAUUCUUCACGCUGCUUGGAUAUACAACAGCCAAACGCGCCUCCUGCCAAGCCUGCCUUCACUCCGUGUGCUACAGACGAGAGAGAAUCGUAGAAGGAAUCAAAUUCUCCGGCCAAUUAGCCAUAGACAGAUCAUCUAACAUUCUAUACUUCCACUAUCAAAACCGAUCUCAAGACUUUACGGGUGCUUUUGAUUUAGAUAAUGUUCGGCUCGAAAAUGUUAAUCACAGUGGUUUUAGCUUCGGCCUUGCUGUCGACCAAUCCACAAAGGAUUUAUACAUGACAGGAGUCCUUGGUCUAUACAGGCAUAAUCCAGUAAAAAACUUCACUGAACUCUAUGGUCUAAAAGACAAAACAAUAUGGCAUCUUCACUAUGAAGACAAGUUGUACUAUUCAGAAUUUCGUAAGAAAGGAAUUUACACGUUUGAAGAUAAGAAAUCUAAAUUGAUACCAGGCACUGAAUAUCAGGUCGAUGACUUUAUUGUUGACAAGCGCGGUGACAUUUACUUUAUGCACAAUUUUUCUAUUUAUCUGUUGCCAAAAGGCGGGAAAACUGCCGAGUUGUUUGAAGACGAAAUAUACUAUUUGACCACAGAUAAACAUAGUGAUGCGUAUUUUAUACAGCCAUUUACUAGAGCUGUAUAUAAAAUGCAUUAUAUACAUAAUAGAAGAAUAUUGAAAGAAAUAGGUGCGUUCAGCAGAGGUUCGGCUUUUAUUGUAGUUUUUGAUGGUGAUAAUGAUAUUAUCUAUUAUGAUGGCACAGAUAAGAAAUUAUAUUAUUUAUCACCAACAGCCAAUAAAUGUGUAGUUACCACGAAAGGUUAUGGAAGACAUCUUAAAAAGUAUAUUAAGUACUAUGAAUAUGGAUAAGUAAUACUUGGUAAAAAGUAAGUCAAAGUAAAAAUAUACAAGCCCUUAUAAGUUAUUGAAUUAAGAUAAAGAAUAAUUGUAUGAAAAUUGAAAUCCACAGUAUAUUGAUGCAAAAACGAUGACUUGAUGUGUGAUAUUUUAUGGCUUUAAUAACUCUUUGUUAACACCAUUUAAAAAUAUGCUUCUA